UUCAGUGUUUUCUAACGUAUUCUGAAAACAUUUCAAGAUGAAGUCACUUCUGCUGUUUUGUUUAGUUGUACUGGGCACCUUGAUCAACCAGAGCUCAUCGAAGGAUGCCGCUCAGGAAACCGUAAGCAAGCACGGUAAACUGUCCGUAAAGGGUACCCAAUUGGUCAACCAAAAUGGUGAAGCCCUACAGUUGAAAGGUAUGUCCCUAUUCUGGAGCGUAUGGAUGCCUAAAUACUGGACUAAACCCACCAUCGACUCGGUCCACAACUACUGCCACUCAAAUAUCGUCCGUGCUGCUAUGGCCGUUGAGUAUGAUGGCUACUUGACCGACCCAACUACCCAAAUGCAAAUGGUGGAAACCGUUAUCGAGGCAGCUAUCCAGAAUGACAUCUACGUAAUUGCUGAUUGGCACGAUUGGCACGCGGAACAACAUUUGGAACAAGCCAAAGGAUUCUUUGAGCAGAUCUCGAAGAAAUACGGCGGUUACCCAAAUUUGAUCUAUGAGACCUACAACGAACCCCUCGACAUCGCAUGGUCAAGUGUCGUGAAACCCUACCACGAAGAGAUCAUCAAAGUUAUUCGUGCCAACGAUCCCGACAACAUAAUCCUGCUGGGUUCCCCACAUUACGAUCAAGAAUUGGACCAAGUAUUAGCCGAUCCCAUUCAGGGUCAGACCAACAUUAUGUACACCCUCCACUUCUACCCCGUCGAUACCAAACAAUGGUUGAGAGACAGAAUCCAAAACGUGAUGAACAAUGGACUCCCUAUCUUCGUAUCUGAAUACGGCACUUGCGCCGGAACUGGAAAUGGAACCGUAGAAGCGGCCGAAACUCAACUUUGGUGGGACUGGCUGGACCAGAACCAAAUGUCUUACGUCAACUGGGCUCUUUCCGACAAGGACGAAUCUGCUUCCGCAUUGAUCGCGAAUACUCCUGCUGAACAGGCCUGCCAAGACCAAUACCUGACUGAAUCUGGAAAACUGGUCAUUCCUCAGAACAAGAAAUAAGCUGUAGAUUCUGUAUUUUGAAUAAAUAAACGUAUAAUAUUUAA